CCUUUCUUUUCCUAUUGGCUGAGCGUGGUCACUUGUCAGGAACCGGAUCCCUUGGCUAUAAAGUAAAGGAAGCAGAAAACUGCGCCGAGUUUUCUUUUCCCACUUCUAUUUACUGCCCGGUGUUGCCUGCCGGCGAGGUGUCGCCUGCCGGCGAGGUGUCGCUUUCGCCAUGGCCCUCAGCGAUGCUGACGUACAAAAGCAGAUUAAGCACAUGAUGGCUUUCAUUGAACAAGAAGCCAAUGAGAAAGCAGAAGAAAUAGAUGCAAAGGCAGAAGAAGAGUUCAACAUUGAGAAAGGUCGUCUUGUGCAGACCCAGAGACUGAAGAUCAUGGAGUACUAUGAGAAGAAGGAAAAGCAGAUUGAGCAGCAGAAGAAAAUUCAGAUGUCCAACUUGAUGAAUCAAGCGAGGCUGAAAGUCCUCAGAGCAAGAGAUGACCUUAUCACUGACCUGCUAACUGAAGCAAAGCAGAGACUCAGCAAGGUGGUAAAAGAUACAACAAGGUACCAAGUACUGCUGGAUGGACUGGUGCUCCAGGGUUUGUACCAGUUGUUGGAGCCCCGAAUGAUUGUGCGUUGCAGGAAACAAGAUUUCCCUUUGGUAAAGGCUGCCGUGCAAAAAGCGAUCCCUAUGUACAAAAUUGCCACCAAGAAAGAUGUUGAUGUUCAAAUUGAUCAGGAGGCCUACCUGCCUGAGGACAUAGCUGGUGGAGUUGAGAUCUAUAAUGGGGAUCGUAAAAUAAAGGUUUCCAACACCCUGGAAAGCCGGCUGGAUCUCAUAGCCCAGCAGAUGAUGCCAGAGGUUCGGGGGGCCUUGUUUGGUGCUAACGCGAAUAGGAAGUUUUUGGACUAAGGCAGAAGCAAGAUUGCCUGUGUAUCUUCCCCUCAGCUGUUCUAAUCCUGUUCUGCAUUUACCCCUGAUGCCCUUGGCCCCGAGAGCAGAGGGAGAAGCUCACUCAGUAUGAGCAGGACCACCCUGGCUCAUCCGGAUUCCACAGCUCCCCACGCAAGGCUCCCGCCGCCUCUCCCCUGCACCCUCCACCCUUGCAGCUGUCGGAGGGUGACGUGCAUGCUGUUCCUGCCCGUUAGGUGUAAAUCGCAUGUGAGGCCUGCACUCCUCCCAGCAGUAGGAGCUUCACCUUUACCUGUUUGGGCCUAGUUUUCCUCAUCUGUAAAUGUGAUUUAAAAUCUAAACCAUGAAGAUUCUUUAUUUAUUAAAACAAAAGGUUUAUGUGGA